CACAGCGGCACGCGCGUCGCAUCACCCUUAGAGAGCGCGAACUCGUUUUCGAGGUACUGCGAGGGUGUCCAUCGUCCACCACAGUACCACAGGAAACAUCGCAGGAAUGAUCAACGUACAGUUUCGAACCGAUCGAGGAAAACGCUCUGCUCCAUCUCUGCCCUCCGUCACCCUGGCGGUGGUUCUUCUUCAAGCCUGCAUCCACAGGGGCAAUCUUCGCCUACCAAUCUCCCCUCACUGCCUGGCCGCUGAUCGCGUCCUGGACGAUGGCGAAUGGACGCGCAUGUUCCUCGCAGCGUUCUACCACCCCAACGACACCCACUUAAUCAUGACCUUAGUCUCCUUCAUCUACAAGGCUUACAUACUCGCGUCGUUCGUCGGUGCCGUAAAAUUUCUCUCUAUCUUGUUAAAGGCAAUCAUGGCGGUCGGUGUGAUGCAGGUAGGCCUCGCGUUCCUGCUGUCCGCGUUCUUCAACGUUCCAGAGUAUUACAAGGUGUGUACGUCAACGUUCGCCGGUGUAGUGUUGGCCUUGAAGAUGAUCAACCACGGACGGUUCAACGUUGACCAAAUAGAGAUUGGCUACUUCAUUCUGAAUGUGCCCCCAUCGUCGUUUUCAUGGUUGGAAUGCAUUCUCCUCUACGCGGCCGAUCCACGGAGCCCUUUGCCAUUGCUGUCCGGAGCCCUCGUGGGGUUCAUGAUCGAGCGCGGUGCGUUGAGCUCAAGACCAUUCAACCUGAGUCAAGGCAUCAAGAGCAUCCCAACCUACUGGGCUACCUAUCUCCUGCUUAGCCUUCUCAUAACGACCUACUCCUUGAACGUUGCCAUCGACCCGUGUUGCAGUUACCGCGCAGUCUUCAGGCGGAAGCGGUUCCUGCAGCUAACAACGCCUUCCUUGUACACUCUCAACGUCUAUCACCUCAUCUACGUUGUCCUGUCCUUGCACAGCCUUGGAAAGAGGAUGGAACCAAAACUUGGUCACUAUGGCUUCCUAUACAACGUCUUUUUCAUUGUCAAUGCAGUGAACCUCGUUUUCUGCGGACUCACCUACUGGCUGUCGUACAAGGACUAUGGUCUCUCUCAGUAUUUACCGAUCUUGCCGACUGAGGACUCCUGCUUCAGUGGUUUCACUGGAGCACUGCUGACAUUGAAGAUCUUACAUCACGAACGCAAUCCCGGCGAAAAGUACAGCAUCGCGUCGUUUCCAUUCAGCGUGCCGUAUUGGUGUGGUGUGGCUCUCGAAGUGGUUCACCUCUAUUUCUAUGCACCCAAGAUUUGGCUUAUUGGGCACGUCGGCGCGGUUUUGGUGGGACUGGCGCACGUGACUGCUCUCAGUGGGAUGUCAUUUUUUAGUGGAAGCGGCUGGUCAUCAACAGAUUCACCUCCGUAGGCAUGAUGAAAUAUUUUGUUCGAUUAUGAUUUUUAGAACAUAUUAGAAGAUGUUGCAGUAAAAGGAUGACACGAA